AUGGUCAGAUCACCAGAGGAACUGGAUCUCCUCAUUAGGGACUACACGUUCAAGUCCCUUGGCAGCCCGAGAAGGAUCAAAACAGGGGAAAUCUACAAUGUCGACCUCCCGGCUAACCUCACUGAUGGUGGUGGGAUCACAGCCAAUGCAGCAAGGUUCCGGUGUGGCAGCCUGAGCCGGUACGGCACCAGUUUUGGUGGAGUCAGACUACAACGCGGCAUCAAAGUCCAGCCAUGCUUUCUGAGAGUGAUGGUUAUCACACAAAACUUGGGUCUGAAUUGGUCAUCCCUCUACUCAUCAAACUAUGACCUCUCUGGCUACCAAUUGGUAUCACCAAUUGUAGGCCUUACUGUCUACAAUUACAAUUCCAGCAGCUAUAACCCCAAUUCAACCUACCCUCUCGAGGUUGGAAUCCGCUCUGGUCAAGGAAAUCCCCUCAUCACCAUCAGCUUCAGCAGCACUGCUACAACUGUUCAGAACAAUCCCUUUUGUGCAACAUUUGAGAGGAAUAGGACGGUGAGCUUGAAGCCUCCUAGUUCUCCUGGAGUCUGUGAGUCAGCAGCCGACGGGCAUUAUGGGUUGGUGGUGAAGCUGCCUCCAGUGGAGCCACCAGCUCCUGCUCCAGCAGCAGGUGGAGGUGGUGGAGGCAAAUCUACGAAGCGAAACGUGAUGAUAGGGGCCAUCGUGGGGGCUGCAGUUUUGCUUGUGUUGACGUUGAUUCUGGCGUUGUGUGUGAUGACUAAGAAGAAAAGAAGGAUUGAGCAGAUGGAGAGAAGGGGGUUUGAAGGUGAAGAUCUGCGGUUUGCUGUGGUUGGAAAUGUGAGGACUCCUGUGGCUGGUAGUACUAGAACCCUUCCCAAUCUUGAGCAUGAGUUCGUCCCUCGUAACGAUCCUUCUUCUUCCAGAGAUUGA